AUGUUUAGUUUUUUAAAGAAACCUACUCCAGAGGAGUUAGUAAAGAAAUGGAAAAGAGAAUUAAGAAGAGAAGAUAGAGGUUUAGAUACUCAAUUAAGAGCAAUUGAUAUGCAAGAAAAGAAAACAGUUAGAAUGAUUAAAGAAAGAGUUAAAGCAGGAGAUCAAAAGAGUGCAAAAACAUUAGCAAAAGAGAUUGUAAAUAGUAGAAAAGCAAAAGAAAGAAUAUAUACAGCAAAAGCACAAAUGAAUUCAGUAUCAAUGCAAUUACAAAGUAAUUUAGCAAUGACAAAAGUUCAAGGAAAUUUAGCAAAAUCAACAGAGAUUAUGAAAAUGAUGAAUGAUCUCAUUAAAUUACCCGAACUAAAUAAAGUUAUGAUGGCAAUGGGUUCAGAGAUGACAAAAGCAGGUAUAAUGGAAGAGAUGAUUUCUGAUGUAUUCGAUAUGCAAGGUGAAGAUCUUGAAGAGGAAGCAGAAAUGGAAGUUAAUAAAAUUAUGGAUGAGAUUUUAGUAUCUGGUCCACAAGUUAGUUCAGCACCAUUAGAAACUCAUCAACAAGAAGAAGUUGUUCAAGAAAAACAAGAAGAUAGUGAAUUACUUGAUCGUUUGAAAGCUUUAAAAUCUUAA